AUGACAGAUGGGUCAUCAUCUUCCUUCUUCCCUGAUUUUGGGCUGCUGUUGUAUUUGGAGGAGCUAAACAAAGAGGAGUUGAAUAAAUUCAAGUCAUUUCUAAAGAAUGAGACUGUGGAGCCCAGGUCCUGCCAGAUACCCUGGGUUGAGGUGAAGAAGGCCAAGCGAGAGGACCUGGCUAAUUUGAUGAAAAAAUAUUAUCCAGGAGAGCAAGCCUGGGAUGUGGCUCUCAAAAUCUUUGGCAAGAUGAACCUGAAGGAUCUGUGUGAGCGGGCAACAGCAGAGAUCAACUGGACAGCCCGGACCAUGGUAACAGAAGGUGCCAAGACACAAGAGGAACAAGAUGAUCAGGAGGCAGUGCAAAGUGAUGGAACAGAAUACAGGAUCCAAGUAAAGGAAAAAUUUCGUAUCAUGUGGGAUAAGAAGUGUUUGUUUGGGGGACCUGAAGAUUUCCAUCCUGGAAUUGCUCAGGAAGAUCGAGAACUGUUGGAACAUCUGUUUGAUGUGGAUGUGAAAACUGGCGAGCAGCCACAGACAGUUGUGCUCCAGGGGGCUGCUGGAGUUGGGAAGACCAGCUUGGUGAGAAAAGCAAUAGUAGAUUGGGCUGAGGGCAAUCUCUAUCAGCAGAGGUUUAGCUAUGUUUUUUAUCUCAAUGCAAGAGAAAUCAACCAGUUGAGAGAACGGAGCUUUGUUCAACUGAUAUCCAAGGACUGGCCCAGCACAGAAGGCCUUGAAAGGAUAAUGACCCAGCCGAGUAGUCUCCUUUUUAUUAUUGAUAGUUUUGAUGAACUGAACUUUGCCUUUGAGGAACCGGACUUUGUGCUAUGUGAAGACUGGACCCAGGUACACCCCGUGUCCUUCCUUAUGAGUAGUCUGCUGAGGAAAGUAAUGCUCCCUGAGUCCUUUUUAUUGGUGACAACGAGACUCACAGCUUGUAAGAAGCUAAAGCCUUUGUUGAAGAACCAGCAUUCUGUAGAGCUGCUGGGUAUGUCCAAGGAUGCAAGAAAAGAAUACAUUUACCAGUUCUUUGAAGACAAGAAGAGGGCCUCGCAAGUAUUCAGUUCACUAAGAAGCAACGAGAUGCUUUUUAGCAUGUGUAAAGUCCCCCUGGUAUGCUGGGCCAUCUGUACCUGUCUGGAGCAGCAAAUAGAAAUGGGUGGUGAUGUUUCAUUAACCUGCAAAACAACAACAGCUCUGUUCACCCGCUAUAUUUCUAGCCUGUUCCCACCAGUAGAUGGAAUCUGUCCUAGUCUGCCCAAUCAAACCCAACUGAAGAGCCUAUGCCACUUGGCUGCCAAAGGAGUGUGGACUAUGACUUCUGUGUUUUAUAGGGAAGAUCUCAGAAAGCAUGGGUUAACUAAAUCAGAUGUCUCGAUUUUCCUGGACAUGAAUAUUCUUCAAAAGGACACAGAGUAUGAAAAUUGCUAUGUGUUCACUCACCUGCAUGUUCAGGAGUUUCUUGCAGCUAUGUUCUAUAUGUUAAGAGACAGUUGGGAGACCAGGAAUAAUUUAUUUGAAUCUUUUGAAGAUUUGAAGCUAUUGCUUGAAAGCAAGAGUUCUAAAGAUCCCCAUUUGAUGCAGAUGAAAUGCUUUUUGUUUGGCCUUUUGAAUGAAGAUCUACUAAAACAACUGGAGACAACUUUGAAAUGUAGACUGUCACUGGAGAUAAAAGGGAAGAUCCUUCAGUGGCUGGAGAUACUGGGAAACAUCGAAUGUUUUCCAGCAGAGCUAGAAUUUCUGGAAUUGUUUUUCUAUCUGCAUGAGACUCAAGAUGAAGCAUUUAUAAGGCAGGCAAUGAGAUCUUUCCAAAAGGUGGUCAUUGAUGUGUGUGGGAAAGUCCAUUUGCUUGUGUCUUCAUUCUGCCUUAAGCACUGCCAAUGUUUACAGACCAUUAAACUAUCUGUGACUGUGGUAUUUGAGAAGACGUUAAACUCCAGUCCCCCAGCUGAAAUGUGGUAAGAUGGUGGUAGCAUUUUUCAUUGUUGGCAAGAUCUCUGUUCUGUGCUUCAUACAAAUGAGCACUUGAGAGAACUGGACCUGUGUCAUAGCAACCUUGAUGAAUUAGCCAUGAAGACUUUUUAUCAAGAACUGAGGCACCCAAACUGUAAACUACAAAGACUAUUGAUGAGAUUUCUUUCUUUCCCGGGUGGUUGUCAGGAUAUUGCUAGUUCUUUGACUCACAACCAGAAUCUGAUGCAUCUUGACCUGAAAGGGAGUGAUAUAGGGGACGAUGGAGUAAAGUCAUUAUGUGAAGCCUUGAAACACCCAGAGUGUAAACUACAGAAUCUGAGCUUGGAAUCCUGCGACCUAACUACACUUUGCUGUCUAAAUAUCUCCAAGGCUCUCAUCAGAAGUCAGAGCCUGAGAUUUCUGAAUCUGUCCACCAAUCACCUAUUGGAUGAUGGAGUCAAGCUCUUGUGCGAGGCCUUAGGACAUCCCAAGUGUUACCUAGAGAGACUAUCCCUGGAAAGCUGUGGCCUCACGGUAGCUGGUUGUGAGGAUCUUUCCUUGGCUCUCAUCAGCAACAAAAGACUGACACAUUUGUGCUUGGCGGAUAACAUCUUGGGAGAUGAUGGAGUAAAGCUUGUGCAAGAUGCUUUGAAACAUCCACAGUGCAAACUCCAGAGCCUUGUGCUAAGGCGUUGCCACUUCACUUCACUUAGCAGUGAACAUCUCUCGUCUGCUCUCCUGUGCAACAAGAGCCUGAUACAUCUGGAUCUGGGGUCAAACUGGAUACAAGAUGAUGGAAUAAAGCUUCUGUGUGAUGCCUUUCGGCAUCCAAGCUGUAACCUUCAGGACUUGGAAUUGAUGGGCUGUGUUCUUACUAGUAUGUGUUGUCUGGAUCUGGCUUCUGCUAUUCUGAACAACUCACACCUACAGAACCUGGACCUUGGGCACAAUGACCUGCGGGAUGAUGGAGUAAAAAUUCUGUGUGAGGCUUUGAGACAUCCAAACUGCAAUAUUCAGAGGCUUGGAUUGGAAUACUGUGGUUUGACCUCCCUGUGCUGUCAGGAUCUCUCAUCUACUCUUAGAAGCAACCAAAACCUGAUAAAAAUAAACCUGAAACAGAAUACUUUAGGGUAUGAAGGAAUGAUGAAGUUAUGUGAAGUCUUGAAGUCUCCUGAAUGUAAACUGAAAGUUCUGGGGGUGUGCAAAGAAGCAUUUGAUGAGGAAGCUCAGAAGCUGCUGGAAGCUGUGCGAAUUAGCAAUUCACACCUCAUCAUUAAGCGCGAUUAUAAUGAUGAUGAUGAUGAAGAAGGUUCCUGGUGGCGGUGUCUCUGA